CACUAGACUCUUUUCUUUGUUUUUUUUGCUCCAGUUUGAGAGUAUGAGUGGUCAAAGGAGAAAUGUAGUAGGUUCCAAACGACCAAGGGAAGUCUUCCUAACAUCAUCAUCUCUGUCUUUUUCUUCACUGUCUUCCUCUUGUGCAUCAUCUGAUGACGAUGCGAUAGAGAUAAGCGUGAAAACAUCCCGAACAUCUUAUGAGGACCAUAAAGGAAAAAAUAUGAAAGGUUAUUCUCCAGGCUCUGAAAUAUCGUGUGUGCAGCAACCUUCUCCAUCUUCCCCCUCGAGGUUACGACCAGUUCGGUUGAUGGACGAAUGCUUAGGGACGCAUUACGAUCCCGAGAGGAUCCCAGCAUCGGUAUUUGCCAAGACUGGGGAUGCGAACUUGACAAAUGACUCGUUGUUUAGUCUGAGAAUGUCCACCUGUCAAGCUUUUCGUCAAAGCGAUGUAGUCAAGCGAAAGAGACAAAGAGUGCAGUGAGUAAGACUCAUCAAGAGAAACCCACAUCAUCAUCAACGCUUCCAGCUGUCUCAUGGAGUAAUACUAAUUACCCCAGCAGUUUUUAUCAAUUAUAUCACGCGCCGCAGACGAAAGCUCAAUCUUGUCCCCUCCAUGUCGGUGAGAAAAAGAGCAAGAAGAGAAAGGAGACAAGAAAGAGCAAGAAGAGGAAGGAGAAGAUCAUAUGGUCUUGGUUCUCUUCAGGGUUUUUAAAGAGUAACUUGCAUUGCUGCGGCAGAAGCAGAGAACUAAAAGCUAUAGUUAUGUGACUUUUUGCAUUCUUUCUCUCGUAUCAGUCUCUUGAUAAGCCAUCAUACAGUGCGUGUUGACAUCUAAACAAUUAUAAACUUAUAAGUCCCUAAUGUUUUCUUACAGAAAAGAUUAUCCACUUUUUUUUUUGCUAAACUGUAAAUAUCAUAUUAAUGAUUUUAAAACUUACAAAAAGUCUUAGAUUUGUUACACCCAACAAAAGUUAGAAAAAAAAAAAACAAGGUGGAAGGAAAUACAUUUAAAAACACGUAAAUCAACCAAUUUGACAAAAGGUUUCUGAAUUGUUUCUUCUGCCUUCUUGCUGCAAUUGUGUUUCAUUAUAUGCUCCAUUUAAAAACACCUAAAUCAACCACUUUUAUUAUAUGCUCCACUUUAAUUCACUAACUAGAUUUUAACUCGCACGUCCGUGCGGAUAUUUUUUAAUUUUAUAAAUGUAUUUGAAAUUAUUACAAAGUUUUAAAUAUAUAAUUUUCAUUUUAGUGUUAUAUACUGUAUAAUUCUAUAAUAUUAUUGUUUAUAUUUCUUAUUCGGUAUUAUUAAUAUAUAGUGAUUUAUUUAAUACAUUGUACUUUGUUAUUAAUUUUUUACUACUAAUAUAUUUUCAUGUUAGGUACAAUAAAAUAACAAUAUGAAAUAAUUAAAUAGAGAACCUCCUUCAAAAUACGUUUUUUAAUUUAUACAUUUUCCAAUAAUACAUAUUUAAAUUAUUUAUAUUAUAGAAAAGAAAUAUGUUUAAGAAAAAACUAAUUUUAACAUCUAUCAUUUUAGUAUUUUAUUAAAUUUAGAAGUAAAAAACUUAUUUGUUCAAAUAAUAUAGGUUUAUUAUUUUAGUAAAUUUAUGUAUAGUAGCAUCUAUCAUAUAAUUUUCAUAACUUUUAUUGAUAUAGAUAUUUUUUGGAUGUUAUUAUAUUAACUUUUCUUGCAUUUUUAGUUAAGAUUUCAAAAAAUAUUAUAUUACUUUAACUUUUUACAGCAUACAUAAUUUUUUCGUGGUGUUUCAAAAAGUUAUUUAUUAUUAUAUUUCAUCUUUCCAAAAAUUUGAAAUAUUAUCAUUUUGAGUGAGAAUAUUUAUUUUCAAAAUUUUAUAUUUUGUCAAUAAAACUUUGGAAAAUUAGACAACUAUUUUGUGGGAAUUUCAUGUGUGCCACUUUCGUGGUACCAUUAUUCAUUUUUACCACCAUUAAAAUGACAUUUUCAAAAAUAUUUUUUUCAUUAAGUGACAAAAGACUUUUAUAUCAUUGUUAUAUAUAUAAUAAUUAUUAUUUAAAUAAAAAAACAAUUUAUGUUUUUGAAUUAUACUUUUACAAAUUCGAACUUUUUAAUAAAUUUGUUUUUGAUUUUUUUUUUCAAAAUUUCUUUUUUGAAAAUCAAAAGUUAUGUUUGAAACUAUUUUUUUAAAUUUUUAAUAUUUUUAAGUAUCUAUUUAUAUAUUUAUUAGAAUCCUAAAUUUCACAUUCCAAAAUUUUUACCAUACCACUUAAUUCUAAACCUUAAAUCUAGAUUAGUUAACCUUAGUGAUAUAAAUGUCUUUUACCCUUUAUUAAAAAUGAAAGUCAUAGGGGUUAGUGUAAACAUAAAAAUUAAUACUAUAAAUGUGGUAUUUUUGGCAAUUUAAAUUAUUUUUGAGUUUGAAAGAUUACAUAAAUUUUAAUUUUUUUGUGUUACUACAUUAGUAUAUUAUUUUAUAUUUUUUUGGUAAUAUUUUCUAAAUUUUUCUCAACGAAUUUUGUAUAAUUAAAAAAUAUAAAUUUAUAGUUAAAUGAUUUUUUAUUAAUAUUUUAAAUGAACUAGUAAAAUUUCAAAGUUUUAUAAUAACAUAUAUUUUAAAUAGUAUAUUAACUAAAGGUUAUUAUAUACGAUUAUAUUUUGCAUAUUAACAUUUUAAACAAGAUAUUAUAUAGUUAUAGAUAUAAAAGUUUAACCUAUGUUAAUAAAUUUAUUUUUGUAUUAAAGAUAAUAUAGUUUACGAAUUUUAACUUAGUUUAAUGAAGAGUGAUAAAUUAUUUAAAUGAAACAAUUUAAAUAUUUUUUUAAUUUAUCUAUUUAAUAUAAUUUGGUCAUAUUUAAUUCAUAUAACAUUUCUAUUUACAUAUUAUAAUUAUAAAAUUUAU